AUGUCGAGUUCCCGGUUGUACAUGCGCAUCCUCUUUGGAGUUAUCAUUUGUCUGGGACAUAUUCAUAUUUCACCUUUGAAGGCAUUUGCACAGACUUGGUGUGUAGCCAAUCCAUCAUUAGGUUAUGAUACUUCGGAAAACGUGGAAAGCUAUGCAUGCAAUUACGUGGAUUGCUCUUCAAUUCACAGCGGAGAUCCAUGCUCUGUCCCCUCGAACUUGUUUAGUCGUGCAUCCUUUGCCAUGAAUGCUUACUACCAACAGGGACAUGAUUGCACAUUUGGUGGCUCUGGACUCAAAUCUAUUACUGAUCCAAGCUACGGAAACUGCAAAUUUGUAGGUUCAGAAGAAAUGAUUUCUGCUCCAGCAGCUCUGAUGUAG